AAGCACAAUCCAAAACCACAUCUCUCUUAAUAUAUUAAUUAUAUUUUCUGUUUAGGCACUCUCUUCUCAUAUAAAAAUGUGUAUCGAGGGCAAUACUGUUGUUAUGGUUCAUUGGAAUGGAUCUACAUCUCAAAAAGAUGAUGAAAUAGAGUACUUCAUACCUCCUAGAGCGGUACUAUUCAUUAGUGAAGGAGAUCAUUAUACUAGUAUACAUGAGAAUGUUCUAAAUCAUGUUAGAGGCGACAGAUUUUCCGAAAUUAAACUAAUUUACGGAAAAUUGCAAAAAUAUAAGAAUUCGGUAUAUGUUGCUUCUAGAUUAUGGCCCAUUCACGAUGAGCAGACAUGGCGUCAUUUUUUCCGGAUCGCUACAAAUGAGUAUGAGGAAUUGCACAUUUACGUGGAAGCUUCUGUGACCCCGCCACAAAAUUUGACGUUCCACGGAACUCCCGAAGUGGAAGACCCAUCAUUAGUAUAUGGUCGGAGGAAUAACCGCCAAAUGUUUCAGAACUAUGAAUCUCCCCGUCAUAAACUCGGGUGAAGAGUCGGAUGAUCUUGACUAUGAACAAAGUUUUAGUAGUGAUGCCUAUUCAUCCACAAGCGAUGAUGGUGACGAGGAAGUAGACACCACCUGGGCCAAUGUGGAGCUACAAGAAUCACAUGUUGAACCGGUGGAUUCUGAGCCUGAAAGGAUCGAAGUCGGCGCAGUUUACUCUUCAUAUGAUGUACUGAAAGAAGCGGUGGCGAAAGAAAACAUUCGUCAAUUUUGUCAAUUCAGAACGGAUGACAAAAGGUCACGGUCCUGGAAGGCGGUUUGCAUAGACCUGAGCCUUUGCACUUGGCAUAUCCAAGCAGGAGAAGGUAUGACGUCAAAAAAGUGGAAAGUAAAAAAAUAUCAACCCCAUCACAGUUGUAGGGAGGAUCCUAAAAUGGCUCGGGAUGACAAGAUCCUAACGGCCAAGAUCAUAGCCAGUGAAAUUGCUCCAAAAGUCAAAGUCAACCCGGACUACAACAUUAAACUGAUAAUGUCAGACAUGUAUGAAACAUUUAAUAUUCGCGUUUCAUAUAAAAAAGCUUGGAAUGGACGCUUGAUCGCUCUGGAGUGUAAAUUCGGCAAUUGGGAGGCGUCAUAUAAUGAACUUCCUAUGUUGUUGGAAGCUAUACAGUUUUCCAAUCCGGGGCCUGUUGUUCAUUUGCAAUCACAACAGACCGGCACUCCUCAUACGUCCGAAUUCCGCUGAGUGUUCUGGUCAUUCAAAGCUUCUAUAGACGGUUUCAGAUUUUGCUUACACGUAGUUUCGGUUGAUGGCACUCACUUAUAUCGCAAAUACAAGGGGGUUCUUCUAGUUGCGGACUUGCGGUAGUCAUGAAUGCUAACCGUGAGAUAUUUCCUCUUGCAUAUGCCGUUGUUGAGAGUGAGAAUGCUGAUAGUUGGUCGUGGUUCUUUGCAAGGGUUAUGCGUGAUGUGGUUGGAAGUCAACGUAGUGUGUGCAUUAUCUCCGAUCGUCAUGCAGGAAUUGAAAGUGCAUUAUAUUUAGAGCCUUGCCAGAGUUGGGAUUGCCACAAGUUUCAAAGCGUUGUUGCCUCCAUCACAUACGGAGUAAUUUCAUGACCAAGUUUAGGAACGCGGAUGACGUGCACUUUGUCGUGGUGUGCACUCAAAAUAAAUAAAUAGAAUACAACACUUAUACGUAAUAUAGUGUAGUAAGGUUCGUAUCCACAUGGAAAGGAAUAUCUUUCUUUUAAUUAACUAGUAACAGGGGGUUAGAUUGUUGUUGGAACUUUAAAGAAUUUUUAAACACUAAGAUGAAUGACUUAUGUGGUUUAAUUAAUUAUAGAUGGACACUUGGUUUUGCUUUUAUCCGCUUAACGAGACACGUUCAUUAAUAAACUUACUACCGAG